AUGAAGUCUCCAUACCUUUUCUAUCCACCCCCUCGCACCUCGUUGCUCUUGCUGUGGAUUUUCCCUUCCGUCACAGAACCCUCUUAUUUCACCUCCCUUUUUCUUCCACAGUUCCUCUCUCCCUCUUUUCUUGACGUGGAAGCCUAUUAUCAGCAGCAGCUGCAGCAGGCCACCAAUCUAAUCCGUCUGAGCAAUCGGAGGGAGCAAGACUGGGUUUCUGCCCACUGUGUUUUCCCUCAUCAAGCCCUCGUUUCCUUCCCUCUCUCCAGCACUUCUCUUUCUCCAACAUUUCGCCCCUCUCUCCAACAUUUCGCCCCUCUCUCCAACAUUUCGCCCCUCUCUCCAACAUUCUCCUCCUCCGUCUCUCUCUUUCCCUUCCCCUCUCUCGUACGCAUCUCCUCCUCGUUCCAUGGCCUCUAUCGCCAACAGCAGCAGAGGUGCACCGAUCUAGUCCCACAGGGAGCAAUAAAACGCAGGGAAUCGAACCCGCUAUCAGCAGCAGCAGCUGCAGAACACCAAUCUAGUCCCACUAGGGAGCGCUACAAGGGAGGGAGCCAAAAAUUACGGUUAUGCCCCCUGGCAUUUGCCCCCUCCCUCUGCCUUCCACCUUUCCUCUCCCAUCUCUCUCAUACCUCUUCUCCUCUUUUCAUGCCUUAUAUCGCCAACAGCAGCAGCAGAGGCGCACCUAUCCAUUCCCACUGGGAGCACUACACGGGAGAGAAAAAAAAACCCUGUUCGAUCGCCACAGCUGCAGCGAGUAAGCAAGUGGGGGCGAGUCCCUCUCUGUUGUUCCCCUCCUCUCUCCACUGUUCCUCCCUUCUCCCCCUCACGCCUCUCUCUCCAUGGGUUCUAUUGCAAGCAGCUGCAGCGAGUUGGCAGUUGCCUCUGCCCAGCCAUAGUGAGGCAUGCCCCUUUCCGCCGUUCCCUUUCCCCCCCCCUCACUCCGCUCCCCCUCACGCCUCCCCUCGUCUCUCCAUGGGUUCUAUCGCCAGCAGCUGCAACGAGGUGGCAGUUGCCUCUGCCCAGCCGUACUAUGGCGCACACCAACCAGUGGCGCACACCAACCAGUGGCGCACACCAACCAGUGGCGCACACCAACCAGUGGCGCACACCAACCAGUGGCGCACACCAACCAGUGGCGCACACCAACCAGUGGCGCACACCAACCAGUGGCGCACACCAACCAGUGGCGCACACCAACCAGUGGCGCACACCAACCAGUGGCGCACACCAACCAGUGGCGCACACCAACCAGUGGCGCACACCAACCAGUGGCGCACACCAACCAGUGGCGCACACCAACCAGUGGCGCACACCAACCAGUGGCGCACACCAACCAGUGGCGCACACCAACCAGUGGCGCACACCAACCAGUGGCGCACACCAACCAGUGGCGCACACCAACCAGUGGCGCACACCAACCAGUGGCGCACACCAACCAGUGGCGCACACCAACCAGUGGCGCACACCAACCAGUGGCGCACACCAACCAGUGGCGCACACCAACCAGUGGCGCACACCAACCAGUGGCGCACACCAACCAGUGGCGCACACCAACCAGUGGCGCACACCAACCAGUGGCGCACACCAACCAGUGGCGCACACCAACCAGUGGCGCACACCAACCAGUGGCGCACACCAACCAGUGGCGCACACCAACCAGUGGCGCACACCAACCAGUGGCGCACACCAACCAGUGGCGCACACCAACCAGUGGCGCACACCAACCAGUGGCGCACACCAACCAGUGGCGCACACCAACCAGUGGCGCACACCAACCAGUGGCGCACACCAACCAGUGGCGCACACCAACCAGUGGCGCACACCAACCAGUGGCGCACACCAACCAGUGGCGCACACCAACCAGUGGCGCACACCAACCAGUGGCGCACACCAACCAGUGGCGCACACCAACCAGUGGCGCACACCAACCAGUGGCGCACACCAACCAGUGGCGCACACCAACCAGUGGCGCACACCAACCAGUGGCGCACACCAACCAGUGGCGCACACCAACCAGUGGCGCACACCAACCAGUGGCGCACACCAACCAGUGGCGCACACCAACCAGUGGCGCACACCAACCAGUGGCGCACACCAACCAGUGGCGCACACCAACCAGUGGCGCACACCAACCAGUGGCGCACACCAACCAGUGGCGCACACCAACCAGUGGCGCACACCAACCAGUGGCGCACACCAGUGGCGCACACCAACCAGUGGCGCACACCAACCAGUGGCGCACACCAACCAGUGGCGCACACCAACCAGUGGCGCACACCAACCAGUGGCGCACACCAACCAGUGGCGCACACCAACCAGUGGCGCACACCAACCAGUGGCGCACACCAACCAGUGGCGCACACCAACCAGUGGCGCACACCAACCAGUGGUGCACACCAACCAGUGGUGCACACCAACCAGUGGUGCACACCAACCAGUGGUGCACACCAACCAGUGGUGCACACCAACCAGUGGUGCACACCAACCAGUGGUGCACACCAACCAGUGGUGCACACCAACCAGUGGUGCACACCAACCAGUGGUGCACACCAACCAGUGGUGCACACCACACCAACCAGUGGUGCACACCAACCAGUGGUGCACACCAACCAGUGGCGCACACCAACCAGUGGCGCACACCAACCAGUGGCGCACACCAACCAGUGGCGCACACCAACCAGUGGCGCACACCAACCAGUGGCGCACACCAACCAGUGGCGCACACCAACCAGUGGCGCACACCAACCAGUGGCGCACACCAACCAGUGGCGCACACCAACCAGUGGCGCACACCAACCAGUGGCGCACACCAACCAGUGGCGCACACCAACCAGUGGCGCACACCAACCAGUGGCGCACACCAACCAGUGGCGCACACCAACCAGUGGCGCACACCAACCAGUGGCGCACACCAACCAGUGGCGCACACCAACCAGUGGCGCACACCAACCAGUGGCGCACACCAACCAGUGGCGCACACCAACCAGUGGCGCACACCAACCAGUGGCGCACACCAACCAGUGGCGCACACCAACCAGUGGUGCACACCAACCAGUGGCGCACACCAACCAGUGGUGCACACCAACCAGUGGUGCACACCAACCAGUGGUGCACACCAACCAGUGGUGCACACCAACCAGUGGUGCACACCAACCAGUGGUGCACACCAACCAGUGGUGCACACCAACCAGUGGUGCACACCAACCAGUGGCGCACACCAACCAGUGGCGCACACCAACCAGUGGUGCACACCAACCAGUGGCGCACACCAACCAGUGGCGCACACCAACCAGUGGCGCACACCAACCAGUGGCGCACACCAACCAGUGGCGCACACCAACCAGUGGCGCACACCAACCAGUGGCGCACACCAACCAGUGGCGCACACCAACCAGUGGCGCACACCAACCAGUGGCGCACACCAACCAGUGGCGCACACCAACCAGUGGCGCACACCAACCAGUGGCGCACACCAACCAGUGGCGCACACCAACCAGUGGCGCACACCAACCAGUGGCGCACACCAACCAGUGGCGCACACCAACCAGUGGCUGCACACCAACCAGUGGCGCACACCAACCAGUGGCGCACACCAACCAGUGGCGCACACCAACCAGUGGCGCACACCAACCAGUGGCGCACACCAACCAGUGGCGCACACCAACCAGUGGCGCACACCAACCAGUGGCGCACACCAACCAGUGGCGCACACCAACCAGUGGCGCACACCAACCAGUGGCGCACACCAACCAGUGGCGCACACCAACCAGUGGCGCACACCAACCAGUGGCGCACACCAACCAGUGGCGCACACCAACCAGUGGCGCACACCAACCAGUGGCGCACACCAACCAGUGGUGCACACCAACCAGUGGCGCACACCAACCAGUGGCGCACACCAACCAGUGGCGCACACCAACCAGUGGCGCACACCAACCAGUGGCGCACACCAACCAGUGGCGCACACCAACCAGUGGUGCACACCAACCAGUGGCGCACAUCAACCAGUGGCGCACACCAACCAGUGGCGCACACCAACCAGUGGCGCACACCAACCAGUGGCUCUUCCACCACCACGUCCCACACCUCGCCGCUCGUGCUCUUGCAACAUGA